AACAUAUUGUAAAAUUAUAAAUAUAAGGAACGCUUGAAAAAAAAUAUGUAUAGAUAUUGAAUCUUAAUGAUUUAGAUGUUUAUUGCAUACAAAAUACGUUUGUAGAAGCUUGAUUUUCUAAAUUUUCAUUUUGAUUUUAACAAUAACUUUUUUUGCCUUAAUGAAGUAACAUGACGUUUAAUAUGUAAUAUUAAUAACAUUUUAUGUAGAAAAACGUCAAUAUUUCUUUGGCUUUAUUUUAAAAGACUUUAAAUCUAGGCCUAGUGCAGUGGUAACAGUUGUUAUUUACUAAGAAUUUUUGAGACGCAUUUCGGUUAGGUUGGGCGUCAAUAAAAAAUAUGUUGCUUUAGAAUAUGAAUCCUUAUGAAAUUUUUUAUGAGACAAAUUUAAUCUAAAAUUUUUAAUAAUUUAAAGGUCAUUUGGAGGACCUUUCUAAUGUGAUUUAUUUUUCAUUUUAUUAAAUUAAUUCUUUUCACUGAAAAAGUAAUAAUGGGAUUUCCCUAUAUUAUUUUAUAUUACAGCCGCCAUGUUAAUUUAUAUAAAUAUGUUCAAAAAAGAAAUACACAUUUUAGAUCAUUUAACAUGUGACUGUUUUGAUUUUAACAAUAUUAAGCCUCAUGAAUAAAUUAUAGUUUUUAAAAAUUAUGUUCGCUUUUAAAUUAUAGUCAGUCAUAUAAAGGUAUUACUUGAUUUAUUUUUCCAUGUUGUGCCCACGAGAGAAAAUAUCUUAAUAAGGAACAAUUUAAAAAAUAAAAUAAAAUGUAUUCCUCUGCUUCACCUUUAGCAACUCCCAGUGGAGCACAUUUUAAAAUUGAAAUUGUUACAUUUUUUUUAUAUUACAGAAAGAAAGCCUUCGUUCAACUUCAGACGUUUAGUUAUGGCAUUCAGUAUUGCAAAAUACGGGGUCUUUUAUCUUUUUCUUGACUUCGGUAUACUUUAUGGUAAGUGACGUUUUUAGAGCAAGACUGGUGGUAACAAAAAUUGAACAAUAUUACCAAACAAAAAACUCUAUAAAUAGAAGAAGGGCAGCUCGUUCGUUUUCAGAAACGCUUGCGUUAAAAGGGAUCUAUUAAAAGGCCAUCUUCCCACUGGAUGGCGUCUCAUAUCUCCUGGUUGGCACGUACAUACUUCAAAUUCAAAGUGGGCUCUCAAACUGUCUAAAUGAGUCAGUAGAAACAACAACAGUUUGUAAUAGAUGAUAAUUCAAAGAAAAAAACAACAACAAAUGAUAUACCCUAAAGAUGUUUGUAAGUACUGCAUCGAAGUACAUGUACUUUGCACAGAUAAGCCAGGAAAGCUUAUACAACUUUUUAUCAUACGCUGUUCUCUUUUGGUUUGUGUUGUUAAAUGGGUAAAGUAUUUUACCUCCUUGACUAGUGAAAGCAACAAUCUUUUUAUCAGCUGUCCCAGAAUCUCCAAAUUAUUUUAAUAGGAAAAGCCUUGAAUAGUAAGCCCAAUUUAAAUAUUCAGGCUUUGAUACUGAAUUUUUUAACAAAUCGAUCACAAUUUGUCAAAGUAAAUAACCAAUUAUCUCUAAACAGAGAAAUAAGCACAGGGGCACCACAAGGCUGCGUUCUCUCUCAUGUACUGUAUACCAUAUAUACCAAUGAUAUUUAAAGCUCAAACGACACCAUUCCAAUCUUAAAAUUUGCUGAUGAUACCCCCAUUGUUGGCUUAACAUCUGAAGGAGAAGGCCUAUACCGCAAUUUAGUUACAAGAUUCAUCAAUUGGUGCAAUGAACAUUUUCUCCAGCUGAAUGUCUCAAAAACAAAGGAUAUGGGAUUUGAUUUCAGGAGGGGGAAACACCAGAUUACAGAUCUCAACAUAAAAAAUCAAAGUGUAGAGAAAGUGGAGACGUACAAGUACUUAGGUGUCAGCAUUAAUAAUAAGCUAACAUGGCAUGAGAACGACCAAAUGCUGUAUAAUAAAUUCAACCAAAGACUGUUCUAUCUCAAAGAACUGUAAAAUUUCGGGGUAAACAGGCAAGUCUUUAACUUAUUCUCAGUGCAACUAUUGGAAGCCUUAUUAAUUUCAGUAUUACCUGCUGGUGUGGGAAUUCAACGUCUGAUAUUAAACACCGCAUAAACCGACUAAUCAAGAAAGCUAGGAACAUAACACAAACUAGUCAUCCUUCACUUGAAGAACUAUUUUUUGUAAAACUAAACACAUUUUGGAUGAUACAUCCCACUCUCUUUAUCACAAAUACUUAGGAUCAGGCGGUUCAGGACGAAUUCUGUCCAUCAAGGCGAGAACUGAUAGAUAUAAAAAUUCUUUUGUUCCCCAAUCUGUAGGAAUUUACCGGCGUGCUCCUUCUGAGAACUAAUAAGUCCCCGAUUUGGCUAAGAGAACUCACUGAAUGACUGUUUGAGAUAAUUUAUUAUAUUUGUCUUGUUUUCAAAUUGUUUUAUUUAUGUGCUGAAGAUGUAUAAUGCAAUCAAAAAACAUUUACAUUUAUUUGGAUAAAUAAAAGAAUCUUAUCUUAUCUUAAACAAAGAGUUCUGAGCAGCCUUUAUUAACACCUCAGUUGUGAUUAUUUUUUCCACCAGUCGGAUUUGAUGUGAAUUCAUUUCACGAACACUCGUUGUGUAUGAAAGAGUGUGGACAGCGAUAAAACUUUCAAGUACACUAAUUAGACACAAACCAUUUGUGUAUAUAGAAAAUAUAUUUGUUCAGCUUUACUAAUAAUUAGAUAAAAUACAAAUGUAGACGAUUCGGGAAAUGAUUUCAUCAGUACCAAAAAAAAAAAAAAUUCAAAAAAAAAAAAAAAAUAUAUCAAUAUAAAUUAAAUUUACAUUCUAUAUAUACAUGUAUACUACUCAAAAAAGAGAGAAUAUUAGUAUUUGAAUAUUUUGGAAAUGCUUGAUUCCAAGGUAAGUUAUUGAUUUAGUCACUCAGUUGGUAAAUACCAGUUUGUUCAUAUUGACUCACUCUUCAAUUAUUUUCAACUUAAUAAUAAUAGCAUUAUUUUUCCAUCACCAGGCCUAAAAAUUACUCUCUCUGAAUACGGCACCUGCGAUGAGAAAACUGGUCCCAAAAAAUUCCUGACUAGUCAAGACAUGAUUGUAUUUAUAAGUGAAGUGGAUUAUUCGGAUGAUCCAGAUGCACAAUUUGUUUACUUCCAAACAAUGAAGAAACAAGAUUCGGUAUUUCACUAUGUAAGUUACUUUCAAUUUUUUUAAUGUUUAAAUUUAAAAGUAUAUAGUUAAACGUUUGUUUUAUUAACACUUGUGGUCUUGAAUUUCAUUAGUAAGUCUCAACAAAAUUCAUAAUUGAUUUACAACCCAAACAUAAUUUUAGAAUUAAAAUUAUAAUAAUUAAAAUAAUAAAUAAAAUAAUAACACAUUUAAAAUUUAAUUAAAAUUUCGAUUUCUAAAUUUUAUUUUAAUAAAUGUAAAUGAUUCCUGCUUAAAUAUAGGAAAACAUAAAUUGACUAAAUCAUAAAAGUUAUUUUACCCUGUUACAUUUUAAUACUGAAUAUAUUCCCAAAAUGUUGCUGAGGUAAAUGAUGCUCAUGUUCGUCCUUUUAAAGUAUGGAGCGUGUGAAUGUAUUAAUAAACAUUUAUUCUUUUUGGUAUAAAUUGUCAAUAUGACUUUAAUUUAAGAUAGUCAUUAUUUAGUUUAUCUGAAAUGCAUUAGCGUCACCACAAAAAAAAAUGAUAUAUUCAAUUAUAAUUUAACAAAGUGGUAUACUUCGUGGUGAUAUACCAUUACUAGGGCUUAACCGGGUGCAGUAUUUUUACACCGGGUCCGGGAAUUUUAAUAUUUUUACCCAAAAAAGAGUUAAGUUCUCAUUGUCAAUAAUAUGCAACGAAAUCUAUUGCCCUAUUUCUUAGUGAGGGAAUAUUGCAAUUGUUAACCGUUUAUGUUAAGAAAUAACCCAGUGAUAUGAUUUAAAUCAUAAAUAUAUAUAUAUAUAUAUUCGAGAUAUGAGAGAAACUACGAUUCAUUUCUAAAAUGGAGAUAUUAAAUAUUGAAUAAUUCUUAAAAUUUGGUACGACAAAAAACAUUUUCUUCUUCGAAAAAAAUGACGUAUCAAUUUUUAAAUAGAUGAGAAGGAAAAUAAUUUUCUGAGGUUGUUAUAACGCAGUAUUACUCAAAUGCAUUACCGACAGCAAAUUAUCAUAAGCGUCAGAUAUUUAGGUGGGGGCUCUGUGAAUUUUAUUAGUAAAUAAACUUUUGAGUUCAAAUGAAAUAUUCAACCAAAAACAAAAUGUUUUGUCAGCGUAAAAUUAGAUUUAAUGGUAAAAAUAAUAAAUAUACUUUAAAAAAUUAAUUAAACUAAACACAGGGAAAAAAGGAAAGACCUUUGAACAAUCUUUUACACUAAGAAUCCAGCCGACUGAAUUUUGAAGAGGUUUUAAAUAAAAGGAAAUUGGAUGUCUCGUUGCUAAAUUGAAACAAUUGGCAUUGUAGAACCGUGAUUUCUGACUGUUUGUGAGAAGAAAGUGUUACAUAAUGGUAGACAACCUUGAGUCAUUUAACCCAAACAUUUGCUCGGUAACAAAUUUAGUGAUCGCGUAAUUACUUAACUAUUUUGCAGUAAAUAUCAAAUUUUAACACUUUGAUUUUAAUAAUUGAAUGCUUUUGAAAUCAUCAUAGAUUACCAGUGUUAUAUAUAACGUUUUACACGAUUUCCCCGUGCUUGAAUUUUGCUUGACCCCAAUUAGAUCCCUAGCAGACGUUAGCGUUUGUUGUGGGCGUUGCCUAUUCGUUUGAUGUAUCUUGUUGACUACCGCCUUUCCAAUUAAACCUUGUAAGACUGCCUCCUAGUAUUUUGUAGAAUGUUUGCGAUUGUUCUAGAAAUGUAAAUAAAUGCUGAGUAGCCUCUGAGAGGCAGGGCUUACGCGUCGGUAGACCCACCUAUAUAAGGGAUUGACAGAUACGGAGAGAAGGAGAUUCAGAUAGAUAUUAUUAACCUUACGAGGCGUGUAUUAUUCUUUGUGUAUUUGUGUGCUCAUAUGUGUUUUUUCGCAUUUCAUCAUUAUUCAUUGGCAAAUUAUAUUUACUGUGUUAACUGUGUACCGGUACAAGAUCUACAAUACUGUAAGCUGAUGAUUUGUAAUGAUAUUUCUUUUCUUUUGUAAUUACAUUAAUACAUAAUAAAUCUUAUUAAUUGUAAUUAGCAACUGUUUUGGGUGUCGUAUCUUUAAUAUUGUUGACUCUAUGGUAUCGUCCUUUGUUAGGCACUGCUUACAACGAGCCAAUUAAAACUAAAAUAGGAAGUUAAUUUCUCAUAUUAGAAGCCAGUGCAUAACACCAGCGUUUAUUAAUUCAUACGAAAAUAUCGUUGCCAUUAAUAGGUAUUAUACUUUUUUUAAAAAAUGUUUUAAAUAUAUUUGGAACCUCCAAAAAAGGAUAAAAAUUUGGAUUAACGUUAACACUUCAAGAAUUUAAUGUUCUAGUGAGCAUAUCCAAAUAGGAUGACAGCACUGAUUGAAUUAAUUAGAAUCUAAACUACACCUUACGGUAUCCCAACGGGUAUGGGAUUGGAAGUCAUGCCAUCGCGAUAUCCAUCAGAAAUCUUGAUCCCACUGAGUUCGGGAUCUUAUUGGGGAACUUAAUAUCAAUGCGGGGAAACAAAUUUAAAAAAAAAAGUCAGGAUUUCAAUCAGCACAAAUACCAAGAUCCCAGGCACCCUGAUUAAUUGAACUCGAUAGCCAUGGGCGGCAACUCAUCUAAGAGAAGUUAAACUCUUAAUUCAAAUCAGGAGCAAAAUUGAUCAAUAAAUUGACCGUGGAACCUCUAAUAUGAAAAAGUAAACAUAUAUAUAUGAGAAUUUUUUUUUAAUUCUUAAGUGUCGUGUGUUUUGAGUGCCCAUAUUAUUCGAUUUUCAUUAAAGGGCUGUUGAUGUUUUUCGAAAUUCCAUCCAAAGUAUAUUGGCUUGUAGUUAAAUAAAAAUUAUAGUCUUGCAUUUAUCCCUUUACCUCAAUUUCGUUUUGCAUCACUCUGAACUUAGUCGACGAGCAACAGAAAAGAAGCGUGAUGAAAAUUUAGAUGUCCUUUCAAGUGAACUAUUGUAGAAUCUAAGUAGAACAUGAGGCAUAUUUUGAAAUAUUAAGUCUUUGCGCUUUUUUAGUUUAAGUUAAUAUGAUCAUGUUUUUACUUCUCGUCUUAUGUCGUUCUACUGUCUGUAAUUACACCAUUUUUAAACACUACAAACAAUGUCGAUAUUUUACGGAUUUUUUUUCCUUACGAAUUUUACGAUUGUUAUUUCAUUUCCAUUUUGACAAUUGAAUCAAUUAAAGUAAUCUAUUUUUUAUUCCAUAGCUAUGUCUAAUAGAUAUGAAAGACCAGUGCACGGAAACCGAGUCAACAUCUGAUGUAUGUUCUUGCACUACUUUAACAAAAUACGUUGUGCAAAUUAAAGUGUCUCUUAAGGCGUCAAAGUAUAUGUUCAAAACCUUGUUGCGUGGCAUUGUAAUAAGAUCAUAUGACAAUAAACAAAUUUUUAGCAAAGAACGUGCAAUUCCUCAAAUUUCAAGUGAGUGCUUUUUAUACUUUUUUUAAACACUUAAAAUUUAUACUUCAAUAUAGAUAUGACCCGUUGUUAGCAUGGAUAUUAUUGUUGAUAUGUUACUAUACAGAUUACAUAUUUUUAUAAAGUCUUAAAUUUAUCAUUUUUUUUAGUUAAAUUUUUUACUGAAACACUACCCUUAUAUUUAAAUCAAAACUACAGUAUUUAUAACUUAAAACAUAUUUUUAUAUAAUGGUAUUGUUUUAAAAAAGCUAUUCCUAAUUUUUGUGCCACGUAAACGAAUUUUUGGUACAAUAAAAAGACAAAGAUUAAAUGUGCAUUUAAAAUAUAGAGACAAAAGUUAAUACAUAUAUAUAUAUAUAUAUAUAUAUAUAUAUAUAUAUAUAAACAUUUGUAAAUAUAUAUCUAUACACAAAAAUACAAUAAAAAGACAAAGAUUAAAUGUGCAUUUAAAAUAUAGAGACAAAAGUUAAUACAUAUAUAUAUAUAUAUAUAUAUAUAUAUAUAUAUAUAUAAACAGUUGUCAAGAUAUUGCCAUCCUCAAAAAAAUGUGCCCGACGGUUUUGUUGUCCCCUUAAUGUACAUUGAUUAAACUCACAUUUAACACUAUUCUUAGCAGCUAUAUACCAAUAUUCCACAAUUGUAAUGUCUUUGCCUUUUUAGAUAUUGCUAUCUUUAUAAAAAUGAACUAAUCUGCUUAACGCCUACUUCACGUCCUCGGUAUACAUUUGCUAAUGCAUUUUAACAGGAAGUAGAUUUGCGUUUUCCUAUAAGUGUCAUAAAGCAAUUUCCUUACACACAUGUGUAAAUAUUUAUUUGCAAGUUUGCCGAAGUAAACAUUUAUAUACAACAUUUACGGCACACUACUGUGCAAAAUAAUAAUAGCCCCUUUUAAAUGUAGUUUUAUUAAAAAAUUCAUCAAAAAAUAUUAUUAAUCAACAUUCUGCAUAAAGGUUAGUAGAAUAUAGCCUGCUCUCUAUAAUCUGUUUUCUUCUAAAUUACAGUUCGGCCUGUGUUUUUUCCAUACGACAGUCCAAGAACCAUCGUAGGAUCAAGAGGUAUGACCAUGCUAUAUUUUAUUAUAUCAUAAUAUUUUAUGUGAUUAAUUUUCAUAGGUAUUAUUGUCAUAUUCAUAAUAUAGAAAAAAAAUUAGAGACAAUAAGGGAGACUGCCGUAUAAUAUAUUGUUUAUUAUUGUGGUUUUGAAAGUUUUCAGUUACCUGCUAAGAAAUGACAAUCACAUAUUAUGUUCAAUAUUUCCUAAAUUGUUUGAACCAUUUUUGCUCAAAACUUUUACAACAUUAAUUCAUGCUUCAGACAACAAACUUUGAACGUUUUCUUAAUUUAUUGACUAACAACAAUUUUGCUGAUCAACUUUGGCACAUUUUCUAUCAUCCUUUAUCUUGACAUAACCCAUAACUUUUUAUGGCCACAUGGCUGGUACAAUAUAGGAGAUUUUCCCUCGCUGUCCUUUUGCAGCUUCCAGUUAUGGAAAUACGCUUAUCGUAUCUACCACGAAGCAAAAAACCGGCGACGCAUAUUAUCCCAAAGAUAUUGAUUGAAAUUAGGAACUGAGUUAAAAAAUAUAAGAUAUGUUUUCCAUACAUGAGACAACAGAGUGAAACUGUUCAUGUUGUAGUUCACGGACCAGUCUGCUUUCUAGGGCAUACCUUUUGUUUUAAAUUCAGCUCAAUAAAUAAUAUUAUUAAUAGCUUUACUAGUGUAGCUAUGUGUUAUUAUUUAAUUAGGUGACACAUUUUAAGCUGCUGAAAGCUCUACUUCUAUUCCCCGUGAGCUCUUAUGGUGGUGAGGGAUAUCAUCUUACUGUCACCUUUACUCAGUUUGCCUUUUAAAUAAAAGUUAACGACUAGCCUUACAAGAUACUCCAGAAAAUUAUCAAUACAGUUAUUAUUUCAUCAAGCUAAACUUUUAUGCGUUCUUAAUAUAAGAUAAAAUAUUAUUUAAUAUUAUUUUCCAUAUUUCUAUAAAAAGAUAUUCUUAAAUAUAAUUGAACAAUGUAAUUAAAAGAAAAAAUACCUUUUAUUCUUGAAUUAUCAGAAAUAUAUUUCCACAGAUGAACUAUUAUUUUAUCGAAGCACAAAUAUCUUGUCCAUGGAGUUUGAUUGUGUUUUUGUCUAAGAUGAUGAUGAUGAUGUUUGAUUACUUUUAUAGCACUUGCGUCACUGCUGUUUUAGCAUGCUCACAGCGCCCUGAUGUUUUAAAAUCUUUAUAAAGAAAGAAGUAUUUAAAUGUUUCUGAAAUGAAUUUAUCAGUUUUAAUUUCCCUCAAAUAUUUAGGCAAACUAUUCCUUAAUCUAGGCGAAAUAGCUUUUAAAGACCACACUCCAUAAUACUUCUGUAUGUGUCCAUCCACGCUGGGAACUCUCAAACUCUGAGUUUAGGAGCGCAGGUUCUAUAUGGAUACAUGUUUAAAAAUCAGUUUUUGAAAAUAGCUAAGUGCAGAGUCUUAUAUAAAGCUUUACGUCAGGGACAUAAUUUUGUAGUCAAUGUACUCAUAUACUGGAAGCCAAUCGAGAUCUGUAAGAACUGGGUAAAUAUGGUUGAUAUGGUCAUAUUUCUUUAGCCGCGAUACUAUGCGUGCUGCAAUAUUUUGUCUCUUGUGGAGUUCUCUGAAUUUAUUUGUGAUGUAAAAAUAAACAAAAACGUUACAGUAAUCUAAUCUUGGAUGGUUUAGGGUGACUGCUAUGGCCUUGCCUUUUUCGUAUUAAGUUGAGGACGCAACUGACCAAUUACUCUUAGCUACAGAAAUAAGCCCUGACCACAGAUCUGAUAAAAGUGAUAAUAGAAAGUUUACUGUCAGUGUAGAAGUCAAGGUCUCGAUCAGUGUUGGACAAGGGGAAUUCAGAAGCACUAACUAUAUUGACGUGAUUGCAAUCUUCUGAAGAUUGGCAUCAUAACCACAAAUAAUUUCCAAUGUCUUAUCAUCAUUUAAUUUAAGUACUGUUGAUGCCAUCCCUGACUUCAACACAAGACAGCAGUUCUAGUCAGCCUGAACAGCAGCAGCACAGUCCAAACCUAGCAUUCAUUCUGCUCUUUUGAAUAGUUUAGUAUAGAUAAAACAGACUUAAGUCCUAAACUAAUAACCUCCCCACAACCAUAGUGUGUUUCGUUUUUUUAAAUAAGGGAUCUAAAAAUAUGUAAGACACACACUUUGACUUAAAUUAUAAAAUGAUAUAAUUUUUUUUUCAAAAAGGAAUGGGUAAAUAGUUCAUUUUUUUUUUUAAUGAAUGUUGUUAAUUUUUCGAAAGAGUUAAAUCAUUAGCUAUUUUUUGCCUUUAAAUUUCAUUAUUGAAAAGUUUGUAAUAUAUAUCUUUCUUGUCCUCAGAUUCUACAUACUUAUACAUUUUAAUUCAAAUUCCCGUCAUCAUAUUGACCAUCUUGUUGCCGGUGAUAUACUUGUUUUCUCGAAAGAGGUAAUAAAAAUUCAGCUUUUAUUUCAACAUGUUUAACUUUAAUAAAAAUAUUUCAACAUAACGAAGCAGACAAGUGAAUUACCGUAAAACCCC